AUGCGUCCAGCGGCCAACAACGCAACUGCCUGCAAUAAUGUCUUCGACAAAAUUAGAAUGCUCACUAACCAAAUGGUAUCAGCAGGUCAAGACACUCGCAUUGUGCAAGAUGCGCUGUGGACAGAGAAAGUUCUCGAAAAAUUUCCAUACAGCAUCGUGAAGAACGUCCUGAUCACUACACAGAACAAGGAAGAGGUCAAAAUUGAAGACAUAGUGAACGAGUUGGGAAAAGAGAUAGGAGCGAAGUAA